ACCCAUUAUGCGGCCGGUUUACAAUUUCACCCGUUAAUCCAGUCGCAAGCACAAAUUGCCGCUUUCUCUCUUGGUUGGAUAUUAUUAUGUCAGACGCGACUAUACCCGACUAGUAUUCUGUUCCGAGAUUACGGCUUCAAUUAUAUUGCAAAAUGUCGCCAGAUUUGUGUAGAUUGUGUUUGUCUGAAGAUAAUUUGAGUGAUAUUUUUGUCAAAAAAGAAUACUCUACGAAAUAUUCGGCGGUAUUGUACGCCGCAACUGGAUUAAAUAUUACUCCUGAAGAUGGAUUGCCGCAACAAAUUUGUAAAAAUUGUACGGAUUUAUUAAAUUCCGCUCUAAAGCUUCGAAAACAGAGUCAUUCGUCUGCAACAAAACUGAUACACAUAGGUUACAAAUUAAUCGAAAAUAAUAUUAACUAUGAACAAAUAGAUAUCUCUCAAAUACAGAAUUUUAAAGAUAUUUCUGAAACUUACGAGGAUUAUGAAAAUAUAAACGGAUUACCAGAAUUAGAAAUUAGUGUUGAAUGUGAUAGAUUGUCGCAAAGCGAUCUGGAAGAAAGCGACAAUGGCGCCAAAAAUAAAACGUAUACUCAAGAAAUGAGUCGAAAAGAGAAACGGCAGAUGUAUUUAGAUAUGGUGGAUGGAGUAUUCAACCCUCAGGGUCCAGUAAAAUGCAAGAUUUGCAAGAAAACGGUCAGUAAGUGGACGUGUUUCAUCAGCCAUGCGAAGUUGCAUGUCGGUUUCAAAUUUAUUUGUGAAUUCUGCGGCAAGAGCUUCAUAUCGUCGACGCAGCUGAAGCGGCACUGCAGGUCGUACCACGGCAUGAAGAGGGAACUACCCUGCCAACACUGCAAUUUCUUGGCGCUGGAUAAAGCCCAGCUCAUACUCCAUGAGCGGAGACUGCACACGGGCGAGCGGCCGUUCGUGUGCGACUCAUGCGGCGCCUCCUACUACAGUCGCCGGUGCCUGCUGCAGCACCUGGAGAGCCACCGCGCCACCGCCACGGUCCAGUGCCCCCGAUGUCCUGCGCUGUUGAAAUCUAAGAGACACCUCGCCAGACACACGUACAGCGCCCACGGCUCCAGGAACAAGAGGAAGACCAAACCUUAGGCGACUGCUGGUCUCAAGGGUAGCUAAUUCGUUAAUUUGCAAGCAAAUCUCUUAUUGCGAUAUAUUAGGUCAUACGCGAAAGUUGUCAAUAAGAACUUAAUAUUCAUGGAGGUAGAAUAUAUUAUCUUUUUUACUGUU